AUCUGGCGGUAAUGUCAAGUCCGAUUGCGGAAAUACACAAACAAACGUGCUUGCAGAAGCCACUGAAAGAAGGACCUGAUGUCAAAUAAUGUUCAGCCGUUUCCUGGCUCUAUUUAACGGCGGAAUGAGGGCAUACAAAGUACAAGAUGUUGGGAGAGAAGUCAGAAUAGGCGUGGCAGCCAAAAACUUUGAAGACUUGAAGAAAAAAGGCUGCGAAAAACUCGAGCUGAAUCCAGACGAUGUAACGGUAGUUAUAGAGGAUGAUGGCACUGUCGUCGACAGCGAGAGUUUCUUCAAGAAGUUACCUGCGCAAACUGUCUUUGUAUUUCUUAAGAAGGGACAGGUUUGGAAUGGAGCUGGAGCAGUGAUACACGAAGCUCUCACCAAACUGUUGAGUGCGACGCGAAGAAAUGAGCUAGCCAAUCAAAUCCGUGACCUGAUGGAGGACGACAAAGCGCCGGAGAAAGUACACAUAAUGUCCCAGUACUUGGACAUGCUGGACACAGACGUGGAAUCGGAACACAGACACGAGAACGAAGACUGGUUCGAAGGUUUAAACAAGAAAUACAAGACCAAGAGCGAGGUGAUGAGGAAUUCAGCGCAGACCAGGAUACGGAGCUACUACAACAGUGCCAAGGAACAGAUUGAAAAAGAUGCAGAUGCUAAGAAUAAGCCAAUGCUUCUGGAACUGUUGGAGGAACUGUACGAAGAACUCAAGUCUCAAGACUUCCAUGGAACAUACUUUGACCGGAGGGCCAAACCAAGGGAGAGAAUCUGUGACAACAAGGGCUGGUUCCUGUGUCAAGGAGCGUUUGAUGAGAAAUCCUGUGAGAAACACCACACUAUCAACCCGUAUGCUUCCAGAGGCUACAGACAGCUGUUUGGUCUGUGGAAUCUCGACCAUAUAAUCGAGAAAUCCAGAGAGGUGAUACCAGGGCUGAUCGAGGCAGCACGACAAAAACCCAAGAAUGCUCAUCUCAACUGGGAGCAGGUGUAUAAACUCUUGUUCACCAGGGACAAUCUCAAGUUUGUACAGGUCGGCUGCCACAAGAAGGCAGCUCGAGAAUCAGGCAGUUGUCCAUGGCAAUCUUUUGUUGUCAAGUGAUACAUCACAAUGUUGUUAUUGUUUUACAGUGCUAUCUUCCCACAGCAAGGGAGAUAACUGACGAUAUAUAAGUCCUAUUUCCCCCUUGCCAAACUAGGUUGGAAUUAUCAGCCCCGCCUGGAAUCCACAGCGAAUUUUUAAGAAAUCCGCAGCAAAUUUAAGUAAAUUCUGCAUUCCAUUUUUCAAAAUUCUGCAGUUUAAAAAAACCCACAAA